AUGUCCGAUCCCUCAGAAGACCUCUCCUCAAUGGGCUUUACAUCCUUCGGCAAAACCCCAAAACACCACCAAACAGCUCCAAUCCACGCCAAUCCCACGCCCUUCCCAUCAUCAUCAACAUCACUACCCCCCCGACCACCCUUCCAACAAGGCAAUCAAUCCCCCCACAAUCAACACCAUAAUAACAAUAACAACAACAACCAAAACUACCGUGGUCGAGGUGGCAGAAACUUCAAUAACAGAGGAGGAAGAGGAGGAGGAGGAGGUCAAGGUCAUCAAGGACAUCAAGGUCAUCAAGGACAAGGAGGUCCCCACCGUCGUAACUUCCAUACAAAUCCACAAUUCCAACGUGGCGGCCGCGGUGGUCGACACCACCAUCCAUACCCCCACCGUCAAUCCCACGAUAAUCACAAUCACCAACAAAGACAAGACUUCACAACCUCAUCAUCAACCCCCUCCUACCGUUCCAAAGAAUUCGGCGAGGGACUCUACAAACCUUCUAUGAACGAAGAUCCCUGGGCUCCCUUAACCCAGAAUAAACAAUCACAAUCACAAUCACAACCACAAUCACAACCACAAUCACAUCAACAAAGUAAGACAGCCAUAACAACAACAACAACACCCAACGACGUCUGGAUGGGACAAACCGCCGCCGCCACCAGUACCAAUAUAGAAGACAAAAGUACUUGGUACGACAAACCAGAAGAUAAAGCCGCCGACGGCGGUGGCUGGAAUGCAGACGAAAUCGACCUAGGAGACGAUUGA